GUUCACUACCUCUUGGAUCGUUCAUAUCAUAAACCUUGACUGCAAUCCGACAUCACUGCUGAGCAGAACACAGCGCCUAGCAAUCGUACUCUGGGUCUUCUUUCUUAUUAAACUGUCGUCGAUUCCUCAUUGUUGAACUACCCGCUAGCACACGACUCGGCACCCGACUCACGGAUCACCACCUUCCUUACCUUCGACCUAAAGCUCGCAUCGCAUUCGACGCACUCCCUCCCAGCGAUCAUCCUCAGUUUCUUGUCUCCGAUAACAUUCACUUCUCGACUAUAUUCUACGCUGCAUAAUGUCCAUAUCGUUACCCAAUGGCACGCUCCUCGCCGCUCCAUCCUCUUCUCAAGCGCAAGUAUCUGCCGCGGUCACAAGGAUACUGCACCUCUCCAAUUUCAGCCCCGAACUCAAAACUCGAGACAUACAAGUGAUAUUCAAAGACUGGGAGAACGAGAAAGGAGGUUUUCGGAUCAAGUGGCUAGACGAUGUCAAUGCCUUGGUAGUCUUUUUUGACGCUGGUAUAGCCAAGCGCGCCUAUCUUCACCUCUUGCUAUACACACCACCUACCUUUCCUCCGCCCGCCAGUAUUCGACCAUACGAUAGACCCGACGCAGGGCAAAUCAUUGCCUCGCUCGCCGCUCGCACAAUGGGUCAUCGAUCCGGCAUCUCCACAGCCAGCGCAAUGAAUGGCUCAAUCUCCAUACCUUCCGCCGAUGGAUCCUCACACCAAAGGACAGGCUCCUCCAUGGCCUUGAACGGAUUCACGAUGCCUUUGAAAGGCACAAAUUCUCGCGCAACAGGUCGUAUGGGACAUAGCCGAACAGGAUCAGCCUCAUCCUCUUGGGCUCGCGGGGGUGGGCCCGGCGCCCUAAACUUCACUAUGCCAUCUACCAACGCACCUCGUCUGCCGACUCACUCGGAAGGCACGACGCCAAGAGAAGGCAUCAGUAGGCCAUCCAGUACGAACAAUGAGGGUAGCGAUGGAGUUCAUGUUCUCGAGAACUCGUAUAAUCGACCAGCCGCUAGAAUUUCACCUGGCACCACUUCCAAUCUGAGCAAUCCAUUCGAUGCGUAUGGACAGAGACGAGGCAGCAUCACCGCGGACAGGGCCAUGAGGCAAGUCGAGAUGGCCCUUGCCAGCGUCGAGGCUCAGGGCUAGAUCUCAUACCCGAUGUUUUCUUUGAGCCCCAGCGCUUGAUGUACAUGUGUAAUAGGAGUCUUUUGUACCUGUCCAGCUCACGAUCAAAACAUACACUCUGUACAUGUCAACACCAUUGAUGAAU